AUGCGUCGAAUUAGUCUUCUGGUUCUGAGUAUAUGGCUAGCCGUGGUUACCGCAAGCCCAAGCUGGCGAAGCCGUAUCACCGGAGGCUCGGAUGCUGGUGAAGGACAGUUUCCCUAUCAGGUGUCACUACGGGAUCUGCAACUGGCUCAUUUCUGUGGCGGAGCGAUUCUGAACAGUCGAUGGAUAAUUACGUCCGCUUCGUGCGUCUUUGGUGUCAACCCGAGCAAUUUGUUAGUUUUGACGGGGAGCCAGAGUCUGACGCGAGGUGGAACUAACCAUCAAGUCAAUAGAAUCGUCAUUCAUCCAAACUUCAGUGACAUCGAAAACGAUGUAGCCGUUGUGCGACUGCAAACGUCCAUAGUUCUUGCCGAUAAUGCAUUCGCUCUAAGGAUGGCCAGCAAUUUUUUGGAAGUGGCACAAGGGGCUGUGCUUUCCGGUUGGGGACGUCGAUCGUUGGAAUCUCCUGCCUUUCCGGAUUGGCUUCAAUACGUUUCGACUACAGUUAUAACGCAAGAAGACUGCAGGGCUCGCUAUGAACCUCCGUAUGACGAACGGAUCGUGGAUUCUAUAUUGUGCACUUCGUACCCGACAAGUCAAGGAGCCUGUCUUGGGGACGGAGGUUCUCCGUUAGUUUACGGCGGGGAACUACACGGUGUUGUAUCUUGGGGAACCCCCUGCGGAAACGGUCACCCGGAUGUGCACACCCGAAUAUCUAAACAUAGAGCCUGGGUUCUGGUGCACACCAUGCAGUGA